UAGUUUUUAGUUUUUAGUUAACGAUGAUAUAACCACAAAAAAUUUCGUUCUGUUCUUCAAGCGUCUCUCUCUCUCUGUCUCUGAUUGUUCUUCGUCCAAGUCUCCAGUUACAGUUGCUGCGUAGAUAUGGCGUCAUCUGAUAAACCGGAUGUUGUCAAGAGGGGUCACAAGGAGGAGGAGGAGAAGGAAGAAGGGAAGGGCGGAUUUAUCGACAAGGUGAAAGAUUUCAUCCAUGACAUUGGUGAGAAGAUCGAGGAAACGAUCGGGUUCGGGAAACCAACCGCUGAUGUAACCGCUAUUCACCUCCCUAAGAUCAACCUCGAGAGGGCAGACGUGGUUGUCGAUGUGCUCGUGAAGAAUCCGAACCCGAUCCCCAUCCCUCUGAUCGAUAUAAACUACCUGAUCGAGAGCGACGGGAGGAAACUGGUGUCGGGUUUGAUCCCUGACGCCGGAACCAUCAAGCCUCAUGGGGAAGAGACCGUCAAAAUACCAUUGACACUGAUCUAUGACGACAUCAAGAGCACUUAUGCUGACAUCAAACCCGGGAUGAUCAUACCGUACAGGAUCAAGGUCGAUCUGAUAGUGGACGUGCCCGUGUUGGGAAGACUGACAUUGCCCCUGGAGAAGGAGGGAGAGAUCCCUAUUCCCCACAAACCCGACAUCGACCUCGAGAAGAUCAAGUUCCAGAAAUUCUCGUUCGAGGAGACGGUAGCUGUUCUCCACAUGAAACUGGAAAACAUGAACGACUUUGACUUGGGGAUCAACGACUUGGACUGCGAGAUCUGGUUGUCGGAAGUGAGCAUCGGAGGAGCUGAAGUGUCGGAAUCGACGAAGAUCGAGAAGAAUGGGUUCGGAUACAUAGACGUGCCCAUAACUUUCCGACCAAAGGACUUUGGUUCCGCGCUAUGGGACAUGAUCCGAGGGAGAGGAACAGGUUACACUGUGAAAGGUAACGUCAAUGUGGACACGCCGUUUGGAGCCAUGAAGCUUCCCAUUGUCAAGGAAGGCGGUACGACCCGUCUCAAGAAGGAAGAUGACGACGACGACGACGAGGAGUAGAGAAAGAGAAUGGUGGAAUGACCGAUGUGGGAUUAUGGGCGAGUCAGAUCAUUAUGAUAAGUUGGAUUAGUUCCUUGGAAGAAAAACUUCCGAUCGUUAAUACUUUAUUUUUACCUGGAGGACUUAUCUGUAAUUUGUGUUGUUACCAGAAUUUCCAAACAGUUAUUUUGGAUUUUUGCUUUUUUAUCAAGCCCGAGCCCGAGCCCAAGCCCAAGCCCAGUUAAAAUGUUCA